AUGCAACUCAAGUAUGAGAACGAUAGGCUGAAACUCGCUCUAGCUCAAAGCUCUGCUAACGCAAAGAAAUGGGAGGUUGAGUUAACUACUCUCAAAACCAGCAAUGCAAGAUUAACGAGCGCGUUACAAGAAUCCACAGCUAAUGUAGACGAAUGGAAGAGGCAGCUGCAAUCGUACAAAGAAGAAAACGCCAGGAUAAAAGCCAAGUAUGCUGAUUUGGAAGCUGGGAAAAUUGCAGAAGGAAACAGCGAAGCUCUAAGAUUGAGAGUCGAAGCAUUGGAGAGUGAGUUGAGAACGCGAAAUGAAGAAAUCAAAGCUCUUACGAUGGCCAAUAAAAAUAAGGAUUUUGUGGCUCUGCAAAAGGAGAAUGGAGAACUUCGCGAUAUGUUGAAUGUAGUUCACGAACAAUUAGAAAUUGCAAUGAGUGCGAAUAAGGUCCAAAAGCAAAAUUUGGAAACGUUAAACGCCAGAUUAGAUGGCUUCAUACAGGGUUUGGUAACUAUACAUCGAGAAAUUACGCAUACAUUGCAAACCUAA